AUGCCUUGCGAAGACGUGCGGACCUGCACAGAACUCCGCUUCGGGCCCGUUGAAGAUGAGGUGACUCUCCAUGACCAUUGGAGAUCAGAGGAUCCAAAGACACGCGAGCCAAGUGACGAGGACGAGGACGUCGUUUCGCCUUUCUGGAGGGUCGUAGAGCAUGAGGGAACAGCUGGAUGUCUCAAGCUGCUGUGCAGGAGGUCGAAGAAACAUCUGGCACCGUGGCCCGCAGCUCGUACCUGCUACAUCCACAUGGUGGUACCCGGCCUAUGCUUUGCAGAAUCAGGGCCUUUUGAGCGCACUGAGGUCGGCACACGAACAACUAGAACGACCAGAACCCUGAAAACGCCAGACAUGCGCAAGGGGCGAGGGCCCAAUGCAUGGCACACCUCAUGGAGCUCUUGCGAGCUGACGCUGGAAAGUAGCGUCUUCCCUUCUCCCAAGGACAGAUCACAAAGUGCACCAGGAGUCGACCAAGAGCACUUCCCUGAAAGCCUGGCAAGCGCGAAGGAGAGCAGGGUGAACUGGAGCCAGGACGAAGUGGAAGACAGGAGUCCGAAGACACCAAAGACUCCUAAUUCAGGCCAUCGCAGCAUGACCAGCAGGAGUUCCCGAAGCUCCUUCAGCCACUUGUCUGAGAACGCCCGGAGGGCCGCGAUGACGCGCAUGGCCAUGGCCGAGCUCAACAUCGACCUGGAGGAUCCCGACGGCUGCUCCGAGGGCCGGUCGGGCGGAGGCAGCGUGCUUGCGCGCGCCGCCAGCGCGGUGUCGCGCAUGCUGCGUGCCGGCUCCUCGCUGUCCAGUAUGCUGGGCUCGACUUCGCGGACAACGCAGCGCAUGCCCACACUGACGUCCAUCAGCCAGAGGCGAACCCUAGCUUCGAUGGUUUCCUUCCGCUUGAACUCCCCGCAGCUCCUUCGGGCCACCAGGGCCUACAAGCCCCUGGUCAACCUCGGGGCCGUCUUGCGAGACCGAAGGUCUACGCGAAAUGGCUUCGGGAGGUCUCUGAUCGGUCAAGCCAUGGCGUCUGCAGAGAACGUCGUCAGACGCACAGAGUCCUUCGAUGACUACAUGCUGAGCUUCCAGACCCGGGAGAUCGACCAGUUCUGGUCCCAUAGCUGGAGGGCCAACACCUUUUUGAAGGUCAUGGUGCUGCUGCUGUACUACAACCAAGCGCCAGCCGUCUUCUUGAGCAUCCUCAGCGGAGGUGUCGGGAUGGCCUUGAGGGCUUUCCACCUGCUGCCCUACUUUGUAGAGCUGGAGUCCGCUGUGGUGGGUGGAACCUAUUACUAUGCGGCUUGGACUUCCAUCUUUGGCCUCACGACCUUUCUGUCGGUCCUCUUCCUCUGGCGACCGAAGCAGAAGGUCUUCUUGGAUAAGGUUUGCAUCCACCAAAAGGACCCCGUUCUCAAGAAGGAAGGGGUGGAGAGCAUUGGCGCGUUCCUGUACUACUCCAAGACCAUGCUUGUGUUGUGGGACCCCAGCUACGCUACGCGGUUGUGGUGCGUGUUUGAGAUGGCUGCGUUUGCAUGGGCUCACAGGAACGACCUUAAGAACCGCGUGGAGAUCCGCCCGGUGAUCUUCGCGCCGGUGUACUUUGGGCUCAUGGUGACCACCGUCAUCAACUGGGCGCUCAUCUGCAUGUUCCCCAGGAAUGCCACGAUGAGCAUCACCGUCUGGCCUGCCCUGCAGUCCGUCAUCUGCAUCCUCGGCGUGCAUUUCCUGAGGUCUUUCCACAGAGACAUGACGAUCCUUCGGCAACACUUAGCCGAGUUCCAGGCAGCCAAUGCCCAAUGCUACUGUUGCAGUGUUUCGCACAGGUUGCCUGAGACAGGGGAAAGGAUUGCUUGCGACAGAGAAGUCAUCCAAGCAUGCAUUAUGACGUGGUUCGGGACUUUGGCAGACUUCGACAGCUUCGUGCAAGCUGAGCUGGCUGGCUACUUCUGGCGCUCUCUUGGUCACUUCGGUUUACCUUAUCGGUGGGUCCUGGGCUCGCAGCUGCCUGUUCUCUGGGCGUAUAUGGAUGUCGUCGCAGACAGUAUCCAGGGUGGAGAUGUGUGGUACAUCUCUUCAAUGAUUGUUGAGGGACUCUCCAUGUGGCUCUGUGCGAGCCCGCUGGUUGUAGCCUUUGUGAUUUGGGUCACCAACCUGCUUCAGAGAAAGCGGCAGAUGGCAGUCUGCGAUGCACUGGUAUCUCUGUUGGCAGCAUCCCUGGCGCUCAUUCCGCUUGGGACGUUGACGUGCCUUUGGUAUUUGUCCCGUUUCGCCAUCUCUCCUACCAACCCGCUUCCCGGCGCCAUCGUCUUUCUCAUCGUGACGGCCGAGCUGACAACGCUCACUUACAAGUGGGGGCGGUCAAACUGCUUGGCAUGCUGCUGA